GUAAGCAGAAAACCCCGUGAAAAAUGGGACCUCAAAUGAUUUUCACCUGGAUGCUGCUAAUAAGUGCCACUAUCUUGCAUGACCCAGCCUAUUCGGUUUACACAACCUCAGCUCAACUGGGUAUUUCCACAUCACUGAGACUGGUGAAUGGACAGGAUGGGUGUUCCGGUCGUGUUGAAGUCUAUUACCAUGGAAGCUGGGGAACAGUCUGUGAUGAUGCCUGGGACAUAAAUGAUGCAGAGGUUGUGUGCAGGCAACUUGGGUGUGGGCAGGCCGUUCAGGCCCCCAGGAAUGCCCAUUUUGGUGAAGGCUCCGGAAGUGUUCUCCUGGAUGACGUUCAGUGCAGAGGGAACGAAUCCUCUCUGUGGCAGUGCUCGCACCGGACGUGGGGUACACAUAACUGUGCCCACCGUGAGGAUGCCAGUGUCAUCUGCUCAGGACCAUUAGUGAGACUGGUGAAUGGACAGAACGGGUGUUCCGGUCGCGUUGAAGUCCUUUACAAUGGAAGAUGGGGAACAGUCUGUGAUGAUGCCUGGGACAUAAAUGAUGCAGAGGUUGUGUGCAGACAGCUUGGGUGUGGCCAGGCCAUUGAGGCCCCCAGGAAUGCCCGGUUUGGUGAAGGCUCCGGAAGUGUUCUCUUGGAUGACGUGCAGUGCAGAGGGAACGAAUCUUCUCUGUGGCAGUGCUCGCACCAGGGGUGGGGCACACAUAACUGUGCUCACCGUGAGGAUGCCAGCGUCAUCUGCUCAGGUACUCACAUUGGUUCUCCACCACCUCCAACAAACGGACCCCCUCCAAGUGGACCAUUAGUGAGACUGGUGAAUGGACAGAACGGGUGUUCCGGUCGCGUUGAAGUCCUUUACAAUGGAAGAUGGGGAACAGUCUGUGAUGAUGCCUGGGACAUAAAUGAUGCAGAGGUUGUGUGCAGACAGCUUGGGUGUGGCCAGGCCAUUGAGGCCCCCAGGAAUGCCCGGUUUGGUGAAGGCUCCGGAAGUGUUCUCUUGGAUGACGUGCAGUGCAGAGGGAACGAAUCCUCUCUGUGGCAGUGCUCGCACCAGGGGUGGGGCACACAUAACUGUGCUCACCGUGAGGAUGCCAGUGUCAUCUGCUCAGGACCAUUAGUGAGACUGGUGAAUGGACAGAACGGGUGUUCCGGUCGCGUUGAAGUCCUUUACAAUGGAAGAUGGGGAACAGUCUGUGAUGAUGCCUGGGACAUAAAUGAUGCAGAGGUUGUGUGCAGACAGCUUGGGUGUGGCCAGGCCAUUGAGGCCCCCACGAAUGCCCGGUUUGGUGAAGGCUCCGGAAGUGUUCUCUUGGAUGACGUGCAGUGCAGAGGAAACGAAUCUUCUCUGUGGCAGUGCUCGCACCAGGGGUGGGGCACACAUAACUGUGCUCACCGUGAGGAUGCCAGUGUCAUCUGCUCAGCUCCACCACCUCCAACAAACGGACCCCCUCCAAGUGGACCAUUAGUGAGACUGGUGAAUGGACAGAACGGGUGUUCCGGUCGCGUUGAAGUCCUUUACAAUGGAAGAUGGGGAACAGUCUGUGAUGAUGCCUGGGACAUAAAUGAUGCAGAGGUUGUGUGCAGACAGCUUGGGUGUGGCCAGGCCAUUGAGGCCCCCACGAAUGCCCGGUUUGGUGAAGGCUCCGGAAGUGUUCUCUUGGAUGACGUGCAGUGCAGAGGAAACGAAUCUUCUCUGUGGCAGUGCUCGCACCAGGGGUGGGGCACACAUAACUGUGCUCACCGUGAGGAUGCCAGUGUCAUCUGCUCAGCUCCACCACCUCCAACAAACGGACCCCCUCCAAGUGGACCAUUAGUGAGACUGGUGAAUGGACAGAACGGGUGUUCCGGUCGCGUUGAAGUCCUUUACAAUGGAAGAUGGGGAACAGUCUGUGAUGAUGCCUGGGACAUAAAUGAUGCAGAGGUUGUGUGCAGACAGCUUGGGUGUGGCCAGGCCAUUGAGGCCCCCACGAAUGCCCGGUUUGGUGAAGGCUCCGGAAGUGUUCUCUUGGAUGACGUGCAGUGCAGAGGAAACGAAUCUUCUCUGUGGCAGUGCUCGCACCAGGGGUGGGGCACACAUAACUGUGCUCACCGUGAGGAUGCCAGUGUCAUCUGCUCAGCUCCACCACCUCCAACAAACGGACCCCCUCCAAGUGGACCAUUAGUGAGACUGGUGAAUGGACAGAACGGGUGUUCCGGUCGCGUUGAAGUCCUUUACAAUGGAAGAUGGGGAACAGUCUGUGAUGAUGCCUGGGACAUAAAUGAUGCAGAGGUUGUGUGCAGACAGCUUGGGUGUGGCCAGGCCAUUGAGGCCCCCACGAAUGCCCGGUUUGGUGAAGGCUCCGGAAGUGUUCUCUUGGAUGACGUGCAGUGCAGAGGAAACGAAUCUUCUCUGUGGCAGUGCUCGCACCAGGGGUGGGGCACACAUAACUGUGCUCACCGUGAGGAUGCCAGUGUCAUCUGCUCAGCUCCACCACCUCCAACAAACGGACCCCCUCCAAGUGGACCAUUAGUGAGACUGGUGAAUGGACAGAACAGGUGUUCCGGUCGCGUUGAAGUCCUUUACAAUGGAAGAUGGGGAACAGUCUGUGAUGAUGCCUGGGACAUAAAUGAUGCAGAGGUUGUGUGCAGACAGCUUGGGUGUGGCCAGGCCAUUGAGGCCCCCACGAAUGCCCGGUUUGGUGAAGGCUCCGGAAGUGUUCUCUUGGAUGACGUGCAGUGCAGAGGAAAUGAAUCUUCUCUGUGGCAGUGCUCGCACCAGGGGUGGGGCACACAUAACUGUGCUCACCGUGAGGAUGCCAGUGUCAUCUGCUCAGGACCAUUAGUGAGACUGGUGAAUGGACAGAACAGGUGUUCCGGUCGCGUUGAAGUCCUUUACAAUGGAAGAUGGGGAACAGUCUGUGAUGAUGCCUGGGACAUAAAUGAUGCAGAGGUUGUGUGCAGACAGCUUGGGUGUGGCCAGGCCAUUGAGGCCCCCAGGAAUGCCCGGUUUGGUGAAGGCUCCGGAAGUGUUCUCUUGGAUGACGUGCAGUGCAGAGGGAACGAAUCCUCUCUGUGGCAGUGCUCGCACCAGGGGUGGGGCACACAUAACUGUGCUCACCAUGAGGAUGCCAGUGUCAUCUGCUCAGCUCCACCACCUCCAACAAACGGACCCCCUCCAAGUGGACCAUUAGUGAGACUGGUGAAUGGACAGAACGGGUGUUCCGGUCGCGUUGAAGUCCUUUACAAUGGAAGAUGGGGAACAGUCUGUGAUGAUGCCUGGGACAUAAAUGAUGCAGAGGUUGUGUGCAGACAGCUUGGGUGUGGCCAGGCCAUUGAGGCCCCCAGGAAUGCCCGGUUUGGUGAAGGCUCCGGAAGAGUUCUCUUGGAUGACGUGCAGUGCAGAGGGAACGAAUCCUCUCUGUGGCAGUGCUCGCACCAGGGGUGGGGCACACAUAACUGUGCUCACCGUGAGGAUGCCAGCGUCAUCUGCUCAGGUACUCACAUUGGUUUAAUUUUUACCUGA